UUCUUCUCACUCUGUCCGGAUAUGACGGCGACUCUGUGUCUCAAAGCCACUCGCUCCUUCCUAAACCCUCGCCCCUUCUCUCGCUCCCUCUCACCUCCCAAACCCCACCGCCACCUCCUCUCUUUCCCCAAAACCCUCGUCACCGUCACCAUGUCGUCAUCCCCCGUCGUCGUCGAGCACGUCGUCCUCUUCAACGUCAAACCCGACACCGACCCCUCCAAGGUCAACUCCAUGGUCAACGGCCUCAACAACCUCACCUCCCUCGAUCUCACCCUCCACCUCACCGCCGGUCCUCUCCUCCGCACCCGCUCCUCCCCCUUCGCCUUCACCCACCUCCUCCACAGCCGCUACAGCUCCAAAGACUCCCUCGCCGCCUACUCCGCCCACCCCGGUCACCUCAGCGUCGUCAAGGAGUCAGUUCUCCCGAUCUGCGAUGACGUCAUGGCCGUUGACUGGGUCGCCGACGGGCUGACUGGUCCGGUGGGGUUGGCCCCCGGGUCGGCGAUCCGGGUCACGUUUUUGAAGGUGAAGGAGGGCUUGGAUGAGGCGGCGAAGGGUGAGAUUUUGGAGGUGAUUAAAGGGAUUAAGGGGAAGUUUGGAGAGGUGGGGCAGAUUAGCGUUGGUGAGAACUUCUCCCCGGCAAGGGCUAAAGGGUAUUCGAUUGCGUCUGUGGCGGUUUUCAAGGGAGUGAGUGAGAUGGAGGCUGUGGAUUCGAAAGAGGAGCUUGCGAAGCUGGAGAAGGACAAGGUUAGGGAGUAUUUGGAGAGUGUUAUUGUUCUUGAUUACGUUGUUCCUUCGCCGCAAUCUGCUAGUCUCUGAAAUUUUUCGGAUUCGGGUAAUUCACAUUCUCCUUCCUGAAGUAGGAGUAAUGAGUAAUGUAAUUUAGUGUUGGUGAAAUAAGGUGUUACUGAGAAUUUGGCUGGAAUUUGGUUUCGGGUGUUGGAAAUUCUCAACACUCUGGCUAAACUGUAUCACAUUGAUGGUUGAUGCAUUUCUUCAAUUUCAAUUGCAUUCCUAAUUUGGUGAGAUGCGUUUGCUGAUGUUUGAAACCUUCCUUCCAUUAUUGUACAUUUAUAGACAUCGAUUAUGUUGUUAGACUUAGGUGCCUCAGGGUUUGCUCUCUUGGUAUGAAAGUUGCAUAAGGUCAUAUGACAUAGUUUCA